CCCUGUCUAAACCUAUCCGCAAAGGGACAGCUCAGCUUGACCGCUUCAACGUUCAACGACACCUCAUCAUUUUUAACUUUCCUCCUCCCGUCAAACACUUUCUCAUUCUCUUCUUCAUUCACUUCUCCAUCAUCAAUCAUCAUGUCUGCUGUCUAUCCUCCCGGUGGUACCAUCGUCCAGUCGCUCAAGCGAACCUUCGCCGACGUUCCUGUCGAUGAGGCCAACGGCAAUGCUGUCUCUACUGUUGAGUUCCUUGAGGCUUCUGAGUCUCUGACCACUAUCUUCGAUGCCAUUGGCGGUGUUGCUUUCGGCCCCGUCAAGAAGGAUAUCCUUGGCAACGUCGAGAAGCUCCGUGCUCGCCACGCCGCUGCUCCUGCCGAGUCCGCGACCGUCCAGGACCUUGUCCGUAACGAGCUCAAGACUGGCAAGCACACUGCCACCGAGGGCUGCCUCUGGCUCAUCCGUGGUCUUGACUUCACCAAGCAGGGCCUCGAGCACAACGUCCAAAACCCCUCCGUCGAGCUCUCCGACUCCUUCCGCGACGCAUACGGCAACACUCUGAAGCCCCACCACAGCUUCAUGGUCAAGCCCAUCUUCAGCGCUGCCAUGUCCGCUGUUCCCUACCGAAAGGACUUCUACGCCAAGCUUGGUGACAACCCUGAGAAGGUCCAGGCCGAUCUCGAGGCUUAUCUCGCUUCCUUCUCCAAGGUCGUUGCCAUCCUCAAGGAGUUCAUCAACAGCAAGGAGGCCAAGUGGUAAACAAAUUCAUGAUAUAUGAGAAAUGUUAGCAUAUCAGCCUGCGACUUGGGCAGAGCUGGUGACGAUAUGUCACGUGUUGGAGAAAACGGCUUGAUUGAUGAGAAUGCUUUCAGCAUCGAGAAGCUAUCCUACAGAAUAUGUCUGGCAGAUUGCGAUCGUAAUAACUGCAGUCUCAGAUUACAAUAACGAAAACGAAAUAUACAUGCAUGACCACACAUUUGAUAGCUUCCUGUUGUUCU